AUGGUUACUUGUGGUCUCCCGGUUGCUGCAUUCUCUGUUGGUUUCGCUGUUGUUGUAACGGGUUCAGGCAGCGGUGGCGGAGGCAUGGUUUGGCUAUUAUCCUCUGUGGCGACUAGAGCUGUUUCUGUGUUUGGAGUUGAAGAUGGAUCGCUUUUGUCUACCGCAGGAGUCUCCUCCUUCUCUGCCACAGGAGGCUCAGACACUGUCUCUGUUACUGGUCCAUCCACAUGUUCUGCUGUUUCAGUAACAGCUGCAGUUUCCGGUGCUGCGGACUCGGAUUCAGCUGCACUGACUCAGGAUCAGCUGCAGAUUCAGGCGCAGACUCGGUCUGUGGUUGCCCAGAAGAUGGAGCCGCCUCAAUAG